CGUCGAUGAGCGUAUGACUGACUUUCUUCAGAAAAAGCACUGAAUGUACGUUCAUGCUUCACCCAAUUAGUACCACAAGAUGGCUCUUGGCGUCAAUGCGGCAGAGGAAGAACGGCUGCUUUUAGCUGGUCUUUGUCGUUAGUGCCUUUAGAGGACACCAGCAUUGUCGCAUUGACACCUUAAUAUUUCCAAGAAGGACAACAGUACGACUUUACUUCGACGACCGGCGGAAAAAGGGGAAAUCUACCGCGGGUCCACAGCAACAGGAGGUGGCAAACGACGCUAUGAAAGGGUGAGUUCACCACCGCAAGAAGAAAAGCAACUUCUACAGGACCUCCAAGCUCUAGUCCCUGCACGAAAAAUGAAAAUUUGCCCGAGGAAUAGAUACGUCGCAGCAGCAUAGUCGUGCGACCCAAAGUAUCAGUGCAGUACUAGUAGGUUUUUUCCAGAGCUUUCUUUUCCGACCCCUCCGCGCAACAAGCAUCUUCUAUUUUCGCAACUGAGGAAAUUAUAAAACCGGCUCCUGCGAAAGAACCCUGCCAGCACGACCAUGUCGAAGCCCAACCCCCACCUUCCGGUGAACAACCUGGGCGAGCCGGUGCCGGUAGGCGGCGCGAAGGCCGCGUCCUCCGGAAGCCGCAGCCGCCCGGUACCGGAAUGGUACAGCUACAAAAACGCCAGUUCGCAGCGGUUUCCGCUCCCGCCCAAGCACCCGAACACCGACCAACUACCGGCGCCGCCGAUACCAAAAAUCAUCCCGGAUCCGAAGCGGCUCCCGACGAAGUUCGACAGUCGGGGGGACAUGCUGAAGCCGAACAUAUCCUGAGAAAAAACGUGAACGUCCUCACCCCAAAGUCAAGAUGGGGAAUCUGCUAGACAGAUCAACCACAUUUGGGCGUUGCGCAUGACAAGUUUGGGCCCAUGGUGUAAUCCUGUUGAGUUUGGUCAGUAGCAUCACAGAUUUAGCCUAUUAUGCUGGUUGGAGAAUAUAAAAACUCCAAAAAACCUCUAGAAAAUGGCGCUUCUCAUGGGGCUCCGCAUGAGAAGCGUUUUCAGCUUGCAGAUUUGCAUGACAGCUAUAGGUUGGGGACGUUUUUACAUAGGAUAGAACACGGAUCUGGCACAGCAGAAGGCGUCACUGUCGGAUCGGUCCAAGUUCAUGACGCGGAACCAGAUAACAAGAGACCAGUACACGGACAUGGAGAGGCAGAUACAGGUCAUGCGACACAGCAACCUCGGGAAGCACGCCAGGGAAAACAAUUUCCUGAUACCCGGGAUUCAGAGCCGGGCGUACACGAGGGAGGAGCUGCAGGUAGAACUGAUGUGCUUUUUUGUCAUGCAAUGUGCGCAUGAUAACUACUUUGUGCCAUGCGUAAAGGGCGCAAUGUAAUCGAGUGAUACGACCUUCUUGCACCACAAUCUUUUCUUCCACAGAUCGCCUUCGAAGCUAUCGACGUGUUUGUAUCACACAGAAAAAAGCUGGCAGGGCAUAUUUUUAAUGCAAAAAUAAAUACACAAAAAAACCUGUAUUGCAUAUCUGAAACAGCAUGCUAUGGGGCCACCCAUGACAAAAUUUUGUGUGUAUUUAUUUUUGCAUUACAAAUAUGCCCUGCCAGCUUUUUUCUCUUGGAUAGUUUGGCACGGGCGAGAUAAACGCAGACUCCCUCCUAUCCAGGAAAAAAACUGUGUUCGUGCAACUCUCUUGGAGUGACAGCAUGACAAAUUUGUUCUGCAUGACAGAAAGAGCGUGUCACGCAUGGCUAGCACGUGAAAAUAACGCAUGUGCAAUAAGGCGGAUUGCAUGGCUGUCUGGCAUGAAACAAGUGUAGUAUAGUAUACUGUGUUGCUUGUAUUUCCGCACUACAAAGCUGACACUCACACUUGUUACACAUUUUUUUCCUUGCAGACCACCGCGAUGCUCUGCAGCUCGCCGCGGAACCUGUAACCGAGCAAGAGAUCGCCAACAUGAUCCGCCUGUGUGACGCGGACGCCGGCGGGAACCUAUCAAAUGCAAAAAUGUCUGGGUCUGGAAGAAUGCAAGAUUUGUCAUGCAUAUUUCUCAUGACCCAUGAUGCCUGUAAUGCAGGACUAGCAUCGCAGACUCUUAGAGGGCUUCCUGAUGCACCUUCCGCAUGAGAAAUGCCCUGUCCGUGUAGCACAAACUGUGCCCCUCUUGCUGGUCAUGCAAUACAAAUUUUUGUGGAGUCCAGAAACAGCAUGACAAGUUUUAAUCUUCCAGACCCAGACAUUUUUGCAGUUGAUAGAACCUGUCCUUCGACGAGUUUCGAAACCUGUACGAGAGUCUAUGAGAGUGCACAACUCUCCCCUCCCGCCCUCAUUUGUAUAGCAUGAGCACAGCAAUAGAAACAACAGCGCACAUCGAGCCUGCGCAUGACAAGGUUAUCCGCGUAGUGUAGUACUGUUUUUGAGGCAUCCAGAGUCUGUCAUGCAAACGGUGCCACAGGCAACACUUCUUAGAUUUGAGAUUUUGCAUGACAAAGGAGGGGUACUUGUGCACUCUCAUAGAACCCGAGUCCGCUGUUCAAGAACUUUGAUAUGGGGAACGUGAUCGCCCAGCGCAUGGCCUUGUUGGCGAACAAGCAGCUGUAUCAAAUGUAAAAAUGUCUGGGUCUGGAAGAAUGCAAGUUUGUCAUGCUUGUCUGGCAUGACUCGAGAAUCUGUGUUGCAUAGUCACGAAUAAAAAGCCCUCUUACCUGUCAUGCAAAAACGCAGUUUGCCAUGCGGAAUACGUAAGACAUGGCAGCCAAAAAAUUUGCCAUGCAUAGCUGCGUACUGUAGUGCGUCUAUCAUUCAUUUUUAGCAUUACAAGUUUCCAGACCCAGACAUUUUUGCACUUGAUAAGCUGGUUUCGCAGAAAGUGCAGUUGGACUCCGGGGAGGAGAUCGACCCCAUGCUGCGGGCGAACCAACUCUACGACGUAUCGUUAGGAUGUAGGUCUUUUCGCGGAUAGUUAGAAUUCUUGGUUUAUUUCGGUGAAGAUGAUAGCGCCAACAACUUUUUAUUGUUCUCUUUGUAUUAGUUUGGAGUAGAAGUAUGAAAAUGUUCUAACUUGUACAGUACUACAAUUUCGUUAUUCUCAUGACAAAACAUCAAAUUCCCAGCUCAUCGAAGAGAUCGCGGCUCCCCGCGGUGGGUUGAAACCAGCACUGAUAAUAUGCAUUCGCAAAUAUCAUGUCUGGGCCGGGGAUAAACAUGUGAACUUGAUUUGCUGCGCAUUUGAGACCAACUAAAAACUUGAUAUGCGCACCGGGCAGCACAAGUAGACCAAGGGUCUUGUCAUCCAGGGACUGUUUCUCAUGCGGGAUGGGCAUUGAGGAAUCUUCUCGAUGAAAUAGACCACGUGUGAUCUUCAUGCUAGUGCAGCUUGCAUGCCAGAGGAGCUACUCCUGCUGGGUUACUUAUGCAAAAACCAUCCAGACAUACUUGCAGUGGAUAGAUGAAGCGGCUGUACGAAAACUUCCUCGAAGUCGACACGGACGGGUGCGUAUGAAUUGCAAAAGUAUCGUACUCGUAUAAAUGCAUUACAAAUUUUUUCAGCACGAGAAAGAAAAUUUGUAAUGCGGAUAUACCUCAAGGAAAAGAUUGCAUGACUGCAAUUACUACGAGUGCGAUACUUUUGCACAGGAUAGUGCGGGUUGCUGAAUUUCAGCGAAUUCUGCCUCGCCUUCGAAACUGGGCUGGACAACAAACAGUUGAAGCGCAUGUUCAUCCACUUUGACCGGACCGGAAACCAGGACAUCGAGCUCAAAGACGUUAUUGUUUCUUUCUCCAUUUUCACCGAAGCCUCGCUGCUGGACAAGUCGAAGUUUGCUUUUCUCAUCUUUGACGACGACAAUUCCGGCUUCCUCGAACGGAAGGAGGUGCUGCAGUUGCUCAACGCGACCUUCGUCGACAAGUCCGAGGGGGUGCUGGAGGGGUUCUGCGAAGACAUCUACGCGUUCCUCUAUCAAAUGCAAAAAUGUCUGGGUCUGGGAGAUUGCGAGAUUUGCCAUGCUAAUCUGGCAUGCCUCUGAACUCUGUGUUGCAUGGCCGCGAAGAGCUCCUCCUCCCUGUCAUGCAAAAACGCAGUUUCUCUUUCUCAUGCGGAAUACGCAACUCAGAACCAUGAAAAAAAUUUGUCAUGCUUGGCAGCGCAUGAUAGUGAGUUCACUAUUCCUUUUCUUGCAUCACAAGUUUCCAGACGCAGACAUAUUUACAAUUCAUAUCCUCGGCAUGCAGUCGAUUCACCGGCUAUCCUUCGACAACUUUCUGCGAGUCGUGAAAGAGCGACCGCAUUUGGUGAUGUGCAAGGAAGCCGCGGCGAAAUCCCUGCGUCGGGUGGAGGACAUCGAGGGUAUUGAGACGAAGACGCCCGCGUAUCAAAUGCAAAUAUGUCGGGGUCUGGAAGAUCAAGACUUGUGUUGAUGCAGAUUUUCGAUGACCCAUGAGGUUUAGCAUGCAGGACCUAGCAUGACAGAUUCUGUGAGACCUCUAGCAUGCCUAUCCUGCGUGAGAAUCUGCCUCUGCACUUGUCCCAGAGUGCACAUCUUUUGGUAAUCAUGCAACACAAAUUUUUGGUACGAUCCAGAUUUAGGCAACCUUCCGGACCCAGACAUAUUUGCAAUGCAUACCGCGGAAAUCAAGGCAAUCAUCCAUGCCGGCGGAAGGGACGUCGGUGGCACCACCUCGGCAUCGCGAACCCAGACCGUCGGGGCGGGCUCCGGGGCUGCCGCAGCAAUCGCGGCGGCGGGGGCCAGUGCCACCGCAGCGGGCGUGAAGUGA